AUGUCAACCAAGCACUACUUCCCCGACACAGCAGUCAACACCCUCGUCCCGAGCUUCCUCUCCUCUCUCGUGCGGGCAAACCCUAGGUUGACCCUCCUUCCCAGCUACCGCGUAGUCCUCAACUCCACUGCCUCUCCGUCCCACGUCUCCCUCAUCUCAGGAGGUGGCAGCGGCCAUGAGCCUGCGUGGUCUGGAUAUGUAGGCGAUGGACUACUGGCGGCGGUGGCGUGCGGAGACAUCUUCGCGAGUCCGAGCAUGAAGCAGGUUUUGGCUGCGAUUGCGAGUUGUCCCAGGAAAAAAGGGGUGAUCCUGCUGAUCACGAAUUAUACAGGAGAUAAGUUACAUUUUGGCUUGGCUGCUGAGAAAGCGAUGGAGAGGGGGUGGGUUGAAAGGGGAAAGUGCGUGGUGUUGCCCGCCACAGAUGAUGUUAGCAUCGGGAGGAGUCAGAGCGAGAAGGUUGGACGGAGAGGACUUGCUGGGAACGUGAUCACGAUGAAGGUUCUGGGUGCAGCAGCCGCUCAGGAAUACAGUUUUGAGCGUCUAGUAGAAAUCGGUAAAGCAGUAAACGAGCAACUGGUCUCCAUCGGGUCGGCGCUUGACCAUUGUCAUGUGCCUGGACGACAGAACCACGAUAAUAUUGGGGAGGAUGUCUGUGUCGUGGGAGCUGGGAUCCAUAAUGAACCUGUAAGCCUAGCCCUACAUGCCUCGAGCACGAUUAAUGCUGAUGCGAUAAAGGCUGUUGAGAAAGUCUCACCGAUUCCCUCAGUAGAGGACCUAAUCUCUAGGCUUCUGGACUUGAUAUGCGAUCAGAAAGAUCCCGAGAGAGCGUUUGUGAAGUUCAAUGAGGGCGAUGAUACUGUGUUACUAAUCAAUAACUAUGGCGGACUGUCGAAUCUUGAGCUCGGUGCUCUUACUGAAGAAGUGCUGUCUCAAUUAGAGACUAAAUGGGACAUUCUCCCAACGAAAAUCUACUCCGGCCCCUUCGAAACCUCGCUAAACGGACCUGGCUUUUCUGUGACGCUUUGCAACCUAACAAUAGCAGCGAGAGAAAGCAAGACGAAAGUUGAUGAAUUAUUGACUUUGCUGGGCGCAGAGACGAAAGCACCUGCCUGGCCAAAUGUUCUUGCAAAUUCUUCGACGAAAGUUGCAAGCCAGGGGACGCCGGAGGUGGAUAUCGAAAAACAGGCGCCCGUGGCGGCUAAUGAGGAUAUCACAAAUCCCAAGCAUCUAGACUCGGCAAUUCGAACGGCCUGUAAGCGCGCUAUAGACGCAGAACCCAAUUUGACAAAGUGGGAUAUGAUAAUGGGUGAUGGAGACUGUGGGGAGGCUGUAAGAGACGUCAGCAAAGCAAUCCUCAAAAUCCUCGAUAUCGGAACGGCGACAUCAGGGUCUGUACAAGAAUCCUUGCACGCUAUAACGAAUGCGGUCGAUAAUAUGGGCGGCACGCUCGGAGCCAUCUUCGGCAUCUUAAUCGCUGCAUUCUCUUCGUCUCUCCGCGUGCAAGCUUCCACAACUCAAUCAGACAAGCUGAUAGAUAUUUUCGCACCAGCACUCACUCAAGCGGUAGAAAUUCUGAAGCAGCACACUAGUGCUAGGGUCGGAGAUCGUACGGUCAUGGAUGUUUUGCUGCCAUUUGCCGAAACGAUGAAUAAGGAGCGGGACUUGGGAGCUGCGGUGGCAAGAGCAGAACAGGCGGCGGAGGGAACGAGGGAGCUGAAGGCUGGGUUUGGGAGAGCAAGUUAUGUUGGUGGAGUUGCAGAGCAGGACAAAGUGCCUGAUCCUGGGGCAUGGGCUCUAAUGGAAAUGGUAAAGGGGAUUUGGGAGGGAGGUAAGGUGUAA